AGGGGCUUUGAUGGUCCUUUUAUGAGCUGGAAUUUCACACCAUUCUUCCUCUUCGCCCGUGUGCCUUCAAUGCAGUAAUUUUCUUUCAACGUUUUCUCCUAUACCCACCACACCUGGAUAAUAAUCAUCUUUCUCUUACUCUGGUUCAUUAUAUAGCAGAAGGAAGAUUGGCAAGAGAUAGACGCAAUCUUUGAGGGUUUGGUCUUCCCCUGUACGUCCAUCUCAAUUUCUAUCAGACCCUUCUCUUCAUAUGUGCUCUCUCCUCUCGCCUCCAUUGCAGCUGCUCCAUUUGAAUUUGCUUCAAUACAAUUCUGAAAAAUUCGUCUUGAUUCAUGAUUGCGUGCUCCAACUAAACUAGAUACCCGAGCUUACGUGUUUGGAGACAUUUAUGUUCUUUCCUUCAGUGCAUUUAUGAAUCCAGAUUUUCUUUGCGUUUGUAUAUUGGCGUUUUUGGGUCAUUGAAUGCUUCGAGUUUUAGGUUGUUUUGUGUGAUGCAAUUUCGCGGCUUUGCUUGAGGACUAGGGUUUUUAAGGUGAAAGUUUAUUGUUUUCCGGGACAUCUUCUCAAAGGAUUCUGUAUUUCUGUAUUUGAGGUCGUUUUCUUGGUGAAUUGCUUCAGUGGUUUUAAGAUUGGGGUAUUAGAGUUUGAAAGGUAUUGGUGUCGGCUAUAGUGUGAAUAUCAUUAGGAUAUGAGUCGCAGGGUGAGGAGGAAGGUCGCAAGGAAAGGAAAAGAGAAGGUGGUCUUGCCAAGUUAUCCAGAAAUUCAAGAUGAGGGCUCGGAUUUAGACCCUGAACGAGUUGUUGAUUGGAGGGGCUUGCCUGAUGACACAGUAAUUCAACUGUUUUCAUGUCUGAGUUAUCGUGACCGAGCAAGCUUAUCAUCAACUUGUAGGACAUGGAGGCUUCUUGGUAGCACCCCAUGUUUAUGGACUUCUCUUGAUCUUCGCUCUCACAGGUUUGAUGCCGCCAUGGCAUCUUCACUUACUCCAAGGUGUGUGCAUCUUCAGAAGCUUAGAUUUCGUGGGGCUGAAUCUGCUGACGCCAUAAUUCAUCUCCAAGCUAGGAAUUUGCGUGAAAUAAGUGGUGACUAUUGCAGAAAGAUUACUGAUGCGACCCUUGCGAUAAUUGUGGCCAGGCAUGAGUUGCUUGAGAGCCUUCAGCUUGGUCCAGAUUUCUGUGAAAGAAUCAGCAGUGAUGCUAUAAAAGCUAUUGCUCAUUGCUGUUCUCGGUUAAGGAAACUAAGACUCUCAGGCAUUAGGGAUGUAAGUUCUGAUGCCAUUAAUGCAUUGGCUAAGCAUUGUCCGAAUUUGACUGAUAUUGGAUUCAUUGACUGUUUGAAUGUUGACGAGCUAGCAUUGGGAAAUGUGUUAUCAGUUUGUUUUCUCUCAGUUGCGGGGACGUCAAGUAUGAAUUGGGGUGUAGUUUCUCAUCUUUGGCACAAGCUGCCUAACCUUACUGGAAUAGAUGUUUCAAGAACUGAUGUCGGUCCAUCUACUGUUUCGAGAUUGUUAUCAUCACAGAGUUUGAAAGUUUUGUGUGCUCUGAAUUGUCCUAUACUUGAAGAAGACACCAGCUUCCCCACAAAUAAAUAUAAAAAUAAGCUAUUAAUUGCCCUUUUUACAGAUAUUUUUAAAGGUCUUGCUUCUUUAUUUUUUGAUGAUACAAAGAAUGGCAAGAAUGUGUUUUUGGACUGGAGGAGCGUUAAGAACAAAAAUAAGGACUUAAAUGAACUUAUGAUCUGGCUUGAGUGGAUCCUAUCCCAUACACUUCUGCGAUCUGCUGAGAGCUCUCAGCAGGGCCUGGAAAAUUUCUGGGUUGAACAAGGUGGAGCACUCUUGCUUAGUCUAAUGCAGAGUCCACAAGAGGACGUUCAGGAAAGGGCAGCCACAGGUCUUGCAACGUUUGUUGUAAUUGAUGAUGAAAAUGCUAGUAUUGACCGUGGAAGGGCUGAAGCAGUUAUGCGAGAUGGUGGUAUACGUCUACUUCUUGGCUUGGCAAAAUCAUGGAGGGAAGGGCUUCAGUCUGAGGCAGCUAAGGCCAUUGCAAAUUUGUCUGUCAAUGCCAAUGUUGCGAAAGCCGUUGCUGAAGAAGGGGGAAUUGAUAUUCUUGCUGGUUUGGCAAGAUCCAUGAACAAGCUGGUGGCUGAAGAGGCUGCUGGAGGAUUGUGGAAUCUCUCUGUUGGAGAAGAGCACAAGGGUGCAAUUGCUGCGGCUGGUGGAAUACAAGCUUUGGUGGAUCUUAUAUUCAAGUGGUCCUCCAGUGGGGAUGGGGUUUUGGAACGUGCAGCUGGUGCAUUGGCUAAUUUGGCAGCUGAUGACAAAUGUAGUACAGAAGUUGCAUUGGCUGGUGGCGUACAUGCUUUAGUAAUGCUUGCUCGUAGCUGCAAAUUUGAGGGAGUGCAAGAGCAGGCUGCUCGUGCGUUGGCUAACUUGGCUGCUCAUGGAGAUAGCAACAGUAACAAUGCUGCUGUUGGACAAGAAGCAGGGGCUCUGGAGGCACUUGUUCAACUCACACGCUCUCCUCAUGAGGGUGUCAGGCAAGAAGCUGCUGGUGCGCUUUGGAAUUUGUCAUUUGAUGACAGGAAUCGAGAAGCCAUUGCUGCAGCCAGUGGAGUUCAGGCCUUGGUUGCUCUUGCACAAUCUUGUUCUAAUGCCUCCCCUGGACUUCAAGAGAGAGCUGCCGGUGCUCUCUGGGGAUUGUCAGUUUCUGAAGCCAAUAGCAUUGCUAUUGGACAAGAAGGAGGUGUUGCACCCCUGAUUGCACUGGCACGAUCUGAAGCUGAGGAUGUUCACGAGACUGCCGCUGGAGCACUAUGGAAUCUUGCUUUUAACCCUGGUAAUGCUCUACGUAUUGUCGAGGAAGGAGGAGUUUCUGCUCUUGUUGAUCUCUGUUCAUCAUCAUUAUCAAAGAUGGCUCGUUUCAUGGCUGCAUUGGCAUUGGCUUACAUGUUUGAUGGGAGAAUGGAUGAAUUUGCUUUGGUAGGAACCUCAUCAGAAAGCGUCUCCAAGAGUGUGAGCUUGGAUGGAGCUAGAAGGAUGGCUUUGAAACACAUUGAAGCUUUCAUCCUUAUGUUUUCUGAUCCGCAAGCAUUUGCUGUUGCUGCUACAUCGUCAGCCCCGGCAGCACUGGCUCAAGUUUCUGAAGGCGCGCGAAUCCAAGAAGCAGGACAUCUUAGAUGCAGUGGUUCUGAAAUUGGAAGAUUUGUUGCUAUGCUACGAAAUCCAUCAUCUAUACUAAAAGCUUGUGCUGCAUUUGCUCUUCUACAGUUUACAAUUCCUGGUGGACGACACGCCAUGCACCAUGCUAGCCUGAUGCAGAACGCAUGUGCAGCAAGAGUUCUUCGUGGGGCAGCUGCCUCGGCAACUGCUCCGCUCGAAGCAAAAAUAUUUGCGAGAAUUGUUCUCCGCAACCUUGAGUAUCACCAGACAGAUCUGCAAACCAUCUAGAACAAUUUCAACGUUUGGCAGCAAUCCAACGUCCGAAAUUAUUCUAGAGUUUGUGAUGUUUCAUUUGUAGACACGACUGCUCUAUGUUCCAUAAGAACAUUGAUCCUUUGAUGUAAAUGAAGGAAAUUGAUAGAUUCUUCUGCUUACCUUCUUAUCAUGCCCCAACUGCUUAGCUCUGAUAGUUUCAUAAUUUUGAGAUGUAUUUCUUUCUUCUCCUCCUUGUAUCAAUCUUUUCAAAUUAAGGCUGCAGAAUAUAGGAGAAAGUUUAUAUUAAAACUAUUGCCUUGGUGCUUUUCCUUUGUAUUAUUUACAUGUAUUUUGUAUAAUUAUAAAAUUAGGCUAUUUGAUGACA